AUGAUGCACUAUCUUUACCUGAUCAAUACGCUCUUGAUAGGAUCAAUCGGCCAAGUAAUAUGUGUUUCAGUUAAUCAUGGAUCCAUGGAAAUAAGAAAGUCGAUUUCCAAGCUUCAUGAAUCACCACGAGCUUUCAAUAGUGGGUCUGACAGUCAAAAUGUAGCACAUAUAGCGGCACAACCAGCCACUCAGGUCUGUCCAACCCCAACUCAUGAACAACAAAGGGAUUCGGAAUUACAGGAGCUCUACCAUAUGACACUGAAUGCUAGAGAAUCUCAAGGAAAAAAGAGAAAACUAUCACCCGACCUGAAUAUUUCUCAUCAUGUCUCUGGGUUUCAACAUAUGGCUCUCAUGACAGGGGAACCAACCAGGAAGCCUCAGUUGCUAACAACUCCCUCUCUUGAAAAACAUAAGGAUGUGGAGAUACAGUCGCUCUCUCAUCUUCCACUCAAUGCUAAAGAAACCGAAGGCAAAAAGAAAAAAUUAUCAUUUGACUUGAAUCUUCCUUAUGAUAUCUCUUGGACUGAAUCAGGAAAUGAGUCACCUAAUCAUCGCACAAUGACAGAUCAAGUGGAAGAAUAUGUUCCAAAGCAUGGAUCUAGCUACUACUUUUAUGAACAACCAAACACAUUCACAUCUAAUGGGCCCCAUGCUGUAGUUAACACUGCUUAUCACAAGGGAGAAAGGGUAUCCAGGUUACAGCCAAGGCCAAGGAAGAAAGCUUUGACUAACACUAACAAAUCUGGAAUAUUUCAGUACACAGAGUUACAGCCACCACUAGCUUCAUCGUCCAGUAGAAUGUCCAAUGCACGCCGAGAUAGGCAACGUGGACCGGCUAUUUUUUGGAGGUAUACCUUCAAAAAAAGUGGCGAGUCAACCCUGCUUGCUGACCACAGAGUUAGAAAGAUAGGAGAGCGCUGGCAUAUGGUACCAUCCUUUCCUGCUAUUGCACAACAAUUGAAGCAACAAGGAUUGAAAUUGGCCAUUCAUAAAGGUCUACAUCCAGAGGACUCGUGCAAAACAAGAUUGGCACCUUGGUUUCAUACCCUGGAAAUGGACAUGCAGAAUAGAUUUUGUCUCAAUACUGGAAGCAAAGAGGGAUCAUAUGAUAUCCAUUUGGCUGUAUUAAGAGCAAACAAUUAUCUUACUAUGCAAUUUUUAGCCAGUCUCCAAGUGAUUCACUCUGCAGGUCUAAAUGAGAUGGAUAAACUGUUUCCUGAUGGAUUGGAAUUUAUUGAACGUUUUUUGGAUAGUUGGAGGCAAGUCAAGUGGGAUGGUGCACUUGUUCAAAGUAUUGAUACUUCAAAAUGUUUGGGUACAUACACCCCUUUGCAAAUAUUGAGUCACUUUUUGAAAUCAUCCAGAUCCUCACAAUUAUCAUUAUGCAUUUCUUGGAGCCUUUGUAAUGAUUGGUACACUGUGUCCACUUACACACAAAAGAAAAAGAUCAGUUUUGAAGAUUAUGUUAUAAUGAGUCACCAGUACCUAGCAAGAGCAGAAGUAUUUCCUGAAUUGGAAGUAGUACCUUUUAGUGCCCCUGACAUGUCUCAAAUGAAAAGACAUUCUUUAACAGAGAUACACUGGGAAAAUAUUUCUGCUGACACAAAUCAUUACAGAACAGCUUGCAGGAUGAUGAAAACAGUAGGAGAAAAAGUCUUGAAGAAUUUAUUGGAUAAAGGCUCAUCACUAGAAUUCAUCGAAUCCCAUUGUAAUCACAUGGCACAAAAGGAAGUGAAAUGGCCACACUCAUGGAAAGGGAAUAUCAAUUCACUCAAACGGAGGGUCAAGAAUGAAGUUUUCCCUUGCACCCUUGGUAUGAUUCAGCUUCUUUAUCCCUUCAAUAAUAAACAAGAAGAACUCAAUCCAGCAGUUGUUGAAGGUUUUCGGUUUCUGAAGAUGCUUAUCAAAAGUUGGGGAGAAGAUGAUUUGGAAAGAGCUUGUGAAAUGGAAUCUUUCAGUGUUAAAAGGUUUCAUAAAUUUGAUGAUGCAAUCUCAAUUGCACUACUCUCCCAUUUGAUGAAGUUGGCUCCUGACUCAAAGAUACAAAUUGCUUCAAGUGUGUUUUGGGGACUUUGGCAGGUUUUGAAGAAAAUGGAGGGGUUUAAAUUUACCACACGAUUACCUAUCAAAAAACAGUCUGAUUUCAUUGAAGCUAUAAAUAAGGCAUGCAUUGAAUCAGGGUAA